CCACCAGAUGCUAGCAGCAGCAGCAGGAGCAUUAUCUGGCCAUUGGAGAAGCGAAGGAAGCUUACAACUUGAAAGCGACAACUCAUUUAAUUCAGCACUUGACUGUGUAGUUUCCUGGUGUGUUUUCGUGAUAAGAACAUCAUUGGUGUAAAUCUGGAAAGGCAUGGCUGCGGAUUGGCUGGGUAGUUUGGUGUCAAUAAAUUGUGGACCGACACUAGGCGUCUAUCAGGGAGAGGUAUCAUCAGUGGACCAGUCCUGUCAAACGAUAUCUCUUCGACAACCUUUUCACAAUGGCGUCAAGUGCCCGGUUCCAGAGGUCACAUUCAGUGCCAUUGACAUAAAGGAGCUAAAGAUCUUGGAUAUCAGAAAUGGAAGUACUCAGAACAGCUUUCUAGUGUCGACCAGCGCAAAUAGUACCCCAGUUGCAGUUCCAAAAGGUGACCCUAGAACUGUAGAUGCUGUGAACUCUCCACAACACUUUUCAAAAAGCUAUGGAGAACGCCACCUGGAUGUCCCUAAGGGCUUUAGACGAAGACACAACUCGUGGUCAUCUAGCAGUCGAACUGCAAACCAAGUCACCCCCAAGAAGAACGGGGUGAAAAACGGUAGCAGUCAGAUGAAGCAACGGGACGAUGAGUGUUUUGGUGAUGGAAUGGACGGUGGCCUGGACGCAGACUUUGAUUUUGAAGGAAACUUGGCCCUCUUUGACAAGGCGGCAAUUUUUUCAGAGAUUGACACGUCAGAGCGUCGUAAUGGGGUGAGAUCACGAGGUACACCUCAGGAGCAAACACCCUCACGGUACCGCCACGAUGAGAACAUUCUAGAGGGCAAACCUGUAGUGUACAGGCAGAUCACAGUACCACAGCCUGGGGCCAAAGAAUACUGCACUGACUCUGGACUUGUUGUACCCUGUUUAUCAUAUGAUCUGCACAAGCGUCUGCUGUUAGUCGCGGAGCGUCAUGGCCUCACUUUGGAGCGACGACUUGAGAUGACUGGGGUGUGUGCUAGUCAGAUGGCCCUCACGUUGCUGGGUGGGCCAAACAGAUUCACUCCAAAAAAUUUACACCAACGUCCCACUGUGGCACUGCUGUGUGGCCCACAUGUUCAGGGUGCUCAGGGCAUUAGUUGUGGUCGUCACCUGGCCAACCACGAAGUUGAGGUCAUCCUGUUCCUUCCUAACUUUGUCAAGAUGGUAGACUCGGUCACCAGCGAGCUGACGCUCUUCAAUAAGACGGGUGGGAAACAAGUAUCAAAUAUCAAAGACCUGCCAGACACCCCAGUGGAUCUUAUCAUCAACUGCCUGGACUGCCAUGAGAACACAUUCCUGAUGGAUCAGCCUUGGUACAGAGCCGCUGCAGACUGGGCUAAUCAGAACCGUGCACCAGUACUCAGCAUAGACCCUCCUGUUAGUGGACGGGGACCGGCAGUGGAGGCCAAAUGGUCCCUCUCCCUUUGCCUCCCCCUUCACUUAGCAGAGGGGGCUGGCAGGGUUUACCUGUGCGACAUAGGUAUCCCCCGUCAGGUCUUCCAAGAAGUGGGAAUCAAGUACCAUUCUCCUUUUGGGUGCAAAUUCGUCAUCCCUCUGCACUCAGCGUAAUGGGACUGAUGGUUGAACCUUUUACCACCCUGGACAGCGACAAAGCCUUCACCGUUUAUCUAUGAAGUUACUGACAUUUCACCACGUGAAUGUGACUUCUCCCUGCAUUAGUUCUUCUGGACUACAUGCUUGUUAAAUGGGGAGAGGACAGCUUUCUCUUUUGAAAAAAACCUCAUUAGCACCGCUCACUAUAAGUUGCAGUAAACACAUAGAUAAUGUAUCUAUAUAGUGCUUGAGAUAAAGAGGUUCUUCGAAUCUACAAUUUAAAUGACUUGGUUAUCUAAUGUACUGUAGAGUUAAAUUGGGUUUAUAUAAUCUCAGAUUUGAAAAUUGUGACACGAACGGCAUUCAACAAUUGGCCUUUCAUGAAAAACAUUUCAUGAAAGUGGGGCAGCUAAUGGUGUAUAAUGACGACAAUAAUACAAGUCUACAUACAUUGUGACCAGUUUUCUUUCCAUGGUGUGUCAGAUUGUGAUGAUACAGCAUGCAUAAUCUCUCGCUCUUGUAAUUUCUUAGGGUUUUUUUUUGUUAUAUAUUUUCUGAAGUACCUUGACUGUUUCAUUCAGUGCAUUAUUUUCCUACAAUUAGAUUGUUUGGUAGGCUUCCAUUCAUAUCAAAGUAGAUUCAGUGGCAGCUUGUCAUUAAAUGGCUAAAGUUUACAAAACGCAUUUCUAAAGUUUCAAACCCGAUUUUAUUGUAAGAGAAGUUGAGAUGUACAAUUGAACAAUCACCAAGAUGCAACCUACUUUGAUAUUAGGUGUUAUUGCCUCCGUGUGGCGGGAGAAGACCUUUUCACCCUGAAGCCAGAGCUCGUACUGCAAAAAAGAAAGUCACGUCCUGUUUGGGCCACAAAACAGGCUCAUUCUUUUAGAGAGACUGCUUGUUAUAAUACAUAUCGAACUGUGUCUUGUGCACAUGAGCACUUCCAUUCCAAUUUUCCCAAAAAAACAAAGACAAGUUUGUGUGAUAAAAGUUGUAGAUUUAUAACACUGGUUGUUGUAAACAGGACAGUCGACAAGACUCACAAAGUGUACGUUGUGUGGGGCUGCCGCACAAUGUAGCUUAAAGCUAAUUUGUUUCUGUGGGUGAUGAGUUGAAUUCAUGACAAGUCAGUGAUGAUGAUUUGGGCUAUUGUUUCUCAAUAUUUAUUAACAAUGCCAUUACUGAAAGAAAUGUUGCAUACUUCCAGUUAAUUACCCAUAUUUUAUAAGUGUUAUUUUGUAUGUUUAUUGUUAAGCGUUGGUAACAUUGUAAGGAAGGAAAAACGUUUCUUUCAUACUGUUGCUAAGGUUUUUAUUGACAUCUACAUGUCGGUAAUAUUUCUGCAGCAUAUAUACAGACCCUUUCCAAAAAAUUAGAAUGUCAUGGAAAAGUUGU